GAAACUCGCAAUAUACAAGGGACAGGAUAAUGUGUUUACCCUUUCCAAGAGUAGGACCAACCCACGUGAACAACCAGUGACCAUCUACGAACAUGAAGUCAGCCGCCACCGAAGUCUUCACACUUCUCUCUCAUUCCUUCCCAAUUUAAUAUUACUGGCUAAACUCUGUAUCUCCAAUCCAAAACCUUAUAUAAAGACAUCACAGAAGUGCCAAAACCCAUUUCAAAUCCUAAUCUCGCCAAGCCUCUUCAUGUGUCGUUUCGGAUCCUGAAGGAUGGAAUUUUUCCAAACCCAUUAUCUUCAGAAGCCAAAGCAGAAGCAGCAGCAACCAUCGCCGUCGAAACAUGUCGCGACGAAGAGGCUCGCUCCGGACCAAGUGAGGCUCCUGGAGCGGACCUUCGCCUCCCACAAGAAGCUCGACCCAGAUCGCAAGCUCCAGCUCGCGGCCGAGCUCGGCAUCCCGCCGAGGCAGGUCGCCAUCUGGUACCAGAACCGGCGCGCCAGGUGGCGGACGCAGACCCUCGAGCUCGACAAGGGCGCCCUCCAGCUCAAGCUCGACGACGCGCUGGCCGAGAAGCGGAAGCUCGAGCGGGACGUAGCAUCGCUCCGCCAGGAGCUCGACAGGGCUCGGGAGAUGCUCGACGCCGCCCGUGGCGACGGCCGCAGCCACAGCGAGAGCAGCAAGAGCGCUGUUCCCGAGGUUCCGAUGAGCUGUGCGUUCAGCGAGGACGAUGUGAAUUGGUGCGAUUGGGACGAUCAUGGCAGUAAGGUCUUGCGAAUGGACGAUGGCGAUGAAGACGACCUCUAUGCCUGUUGGAUGUUGACCAAUAACGGGUCGCGCUUGGAUUGAGGAGAGAGAAGAGAGAUCGAUUGUCGGGUGACCAAGUGGAUCAUACUGUAAUUAAUGUCGGACCAAAUCGGCCAAUGUGCUCUUGAAGAAAUUGUAUUUUCUAUUGGAAAGACGAGUCAUUUUCAUG